AUGCUGCGACGACAUGUUUGGCAGCGCGUCUCUCUUCACAAUCGACGUCGCUGGGAGCAGCGCAUCGCGUCGGUUCUCUCCGACAGCCGCGAGGGCCAGGUCGACUCCGCUGCCAACCGAUUCCACCGCAUCUACCGCGAACGGCGCUACACCCCUGUCGAGGCGGCUUUUCCACUCCUUGACAAAGCGCGCUGGGCUAGCCUCCCGGGUGAGACGCCUCAGGAGCAAGCAACCCCCACGGCGGGAGAGGGAGGAGCCCUUUCUACCAGGUCCUCCGGCCCGGGCGAGGCGACCUAUCUCCUCCAUUCGACUUUUCUCGGCCCUCAGAAUGCAGGCAAGACGUCCCUGGUGAACGCCCUCGCGCUCAGUCAAGUGGGGGCGGUGAGCAACCGCUACGGCAGCACAAAGGACUGGACAAAGGCUGUCGCCACGAUUCAUCAAACGCAGCUCCUUCUUCUGGAUACGCCAGGGGUGGUGAUGAUUAACUCCCAACAGGAUCGCAAACGACAUGGGGUGAGCUCGGGAAAGGCGUGGGAUUCGAUCUUUUGUGCCGAUUUAGUCGUCUUGGUGCUUCCAAUUGGGCUUGGGUUUGUCGAGACGGAACACAAACGCAUUGCUCGAGAGGUGGUGCAGCGUGCGGCCUCGCGCGAUCUCCCGAUUGUGCUUGCGUUGACGAUGAUGGAUCGGAUGCAAACUCCGAAGCACCGUGAAUUAUACUUUUCUAUGCGUGCCGACCUUGAAUCAAUGAAUUUGCCGAUAUCUGCUACUCACGAGGUGAGCGUCAAAGAUGGAAAAGGAUUAGUUGAACUGAAGGAUUGCCUAAGCCAGUAUGCCGUUCAGGGGACGUGGGAGCAUUCACGUCGGGAAUCAACCGACCUCUCGCCGGUAGAUCGUGUGGCUGAGUUCUUACGGCAAAUCUAUUUUGAGAUAUUGCCUCAUGAAAUCCCACAUUUGAUGAGACAGCGAAUAAUUGGGUGGACUCGCAAAGAUUCAGGAACUACCGAGGUGGUUGUAGAAGUUUUCUUUGAUCGACCAGGGUAUAUGUUCACUUUUUACUCGAAGUUGGAGACCAUAUGCCUGCGAGCUCAGCGUUUAACUGCUAAUGAACUAGGUUCACGUUUUCGAUUUGUUUUUCAGGCCUUUACUUCUCCUAGUAGUCUUUCCCAUCGUUGA